AUGUGUGAAAUACUUAUAUGUCGAGAUUGCAUAUUGUUUGAACAUAAAAAUCAUGACUAUGCAUUCGUUCAUGAUGUCAUUGAUGAAUUAAAAACUAAGUUUGAUAAUAACUUUCAAUUAAUUCAAUCUAUUUUAAAUCAUGGAUUUAAACAAGUGGAAACAUUGAAUAUUAAGGUAAACCACAUCAAGCAAUUAAAUCAAACACGUAUCAAUGAACUUGCCAAAACUAUACGACAAAUCAUCGAUGAUUAUGAAAAAACAGUCAUUGAACAAAUCGAAGAAAAUACAAAUGGUGACAAAAAACAAAUUGCAGAAUAUGAAAAACAUCUUCAAAAUCAGCAACAAAAUUUGAAUAUGCGACGAGCACUCUGUGAAACUUUGAAAUUAACACAUAAUCAUACGAAAUUUCUACAAUUCAAACAAGAAUUGCUUGGUUAUAUAAACAAGGCAUGUGUGGAUUUAGAUCGACUAAAACUACCUAUUGCAACUAAUUGGGAUAUCGAUGAUUUUAACAAACUCAAAGAGAAUAUUCUUCAAUUCGAACAUGUUAAUGAAGCGACACAACAUCAAAGUGAUGAUCCUAGUAACAAGAUACAAUCAAAACAUUACCUAAGUUGUGAGGUAUCAAAUGACAAUAUAAAUGUUGUCACUGACGCAUUACGUAAUAAUAAGCCACUUACGAAAUUGACAAUCGAUGGCAGUGAAAUUGAAGAUGAUGCUUUUCAACAAUUGGCUCAUGCAUUAAAAUUCAACGAAACUCUUACAACACUAGUACUUGGUAAAAAUGAUAUUGAAGUCGAAGAAGUAAAACAAUUAGCAGAUGCGUUAAAAUACAAUACAACAUUAAACAUGUUAGUACUCUCUACAAAUAAUAUUGGAGAUGAUGGAGCACAGUUUUUGAGUGAUGCUUUACGUCAUAAUAAUGUACUUACCACAUUAGGUCUUUCCAACAAUGAAAUCAAAGCCGAAGGUGCUGAUCAUUUAGGAAAUGCACUACGAGAAAAUCACGUAAUUUAA